GGCCCUGGCCUGCGGGUGCCUGCAAGGAUCUUGUCUUGCUGGUCUGCUCGGCUGGAGCCUCACCGGGCAGUGUCCCGCUAAGCUGAGCUUCGGGCAGUGCGUUCGCUUGCAAGGUCUUCUGGGAGGCGUGAGCCACUCUGGUCACCUGCUCGCUCGGUGACAGCGACAGCCGACCCUCUGCGGGGUGACAUCUCAGGACAGCCUUUUCCUGCCUUGUCUGGCCUUGACUGUCCCGCUGUCUUGGUGUUGCCGAGGGCUGCGUUACUACAUCUCCUGGGGAGAACGGUGGGAAAGGACCCCGUCACUCAGACUCUGGCUUCCCUGACUUCUGGUCCCUAACCUGGCUGGUUUCAUUGUGAUGGAGCAAGAAGAAGAACUGUUGGUCUCAGAUUCUCAUGGCUUCCUGAAGAGGGAGAGUUUGAAAAGCCCCUUUACAGGAGAUGAAAGUAAGGCUAAUUUGGGAACUGUUCAACAUCAUAAACGUAAGAGAGAUAAAGAGAGAGCUCCAAAAUGGCCUACGAGACAUCGCCCACAAAAUUCCAAGCAUGAAGAUACAAAAGAAAUAGCAAUGACAUGGUCCCGAGGGGAUGAGAACUGGUGCCAUGCUGUCCUUGAGGAUGACGGCAAGUCAGAGAUGUGGGGAGAUUCUACAGGGCGAGAGGAGGAAGAACCCAGUCACCGGGCAUGGGACCCCGGAGAACAUGCCGACGCCUCUGUCCAGCAAAAUUCGCCUCUCAGAGACAAGCCCUACAAAUGUCCUGAAUGUUGGAAAAGCUUCCAUAAUAGUUCUCAUUUGCGUACUCACCAGAGGACCCACUCGGGAGAAAAGCCUUAUAAGUGUUCCGAGUGUGGCAAGUGUUUCUGUAACAGUUCCCACCUGAUUCAGCAUCUAAGAACACACACGGGCGAGAAGCCCUACCGGUGCGGGGACUGUGGGAAAAGCUUCAGCAACACCUCGCACCUUAUCAUACACGAGAGGACUCACACGGGAGAGAAACCCUACACAUGUCCCGAGUGUGGGAAGAGUUUCAGCAGCAGCUCUCACCUUAUCCAGCACCACCGAUCACACACGGGUGAGAAACCCUACGAGUGCCCUGUCUGUGGCAAAGGCUUCAGCCACAGCUAUGUCCUAAUAGAACACCAGAGGACCCACACUGGAGAAAAGCCUUUUAAGUGCCCUGACUGUGGGAAGCGUUUUAGUCAGAGUUCCAGCCUGAUCCGCCACCAGCGGACGCACACAGGCGAGAAGCCCUACAAAUGCCUCGAGUGUGGAAAAAGCUUUGGUUGCAAUUCUACGCUCAUAAAGCAUCAGCGAACACACACCGGCGAGAAGCCCUACCAGUGUUCAGCAUGCGGGAAGAACUUCAGUCGCAGUUCAAACCUUAUUGCGCACCAGAAGAUGCACACAGGAGAGAAACCCUGUGAAAGUUCUGAAUGCAAAGAGAGUUUGAGUCAGAGCGGCAGUGUGGCAGAAGGCUGUGGAAACCAGCCAGGAGAGAAACCGUAUAAAUGCUGCGAAUGUGGCAAGGGUUUUGGCCUGAGCUCCCACCUCAUUAGACAUCAGAGGACACACACAGGGGAGAAACCGUACAGGUGUUCUGAGUGCUGGAAGACGUUCAGCCAGAGUUCCACCUUGGUGAUCCACCAGAGGACACACACAGGGGAGAAGCCGUACAAGUGUCCCGAGUGUGGGGGGUGCUUCAGCCAGAGCUUUAACCUUAUCAGGCACCGGAGGACGCACAGGGGCGAGAAACCCUACAAAUGUGCUGACUGUGACAAGCGCUUCAGCAGAGGCGCCUACCUGAGUCAGCACCGGAAAAUCCACCUCGGGAAGGCUUCCGCCUCGCCCGAAGCGGGGCAUCUCCCUCCGGCGUGGGCUUGGAGAAACUGUCCAGCGGGAAUGGCCCUCCUCCCUUCUUUUUCCGUCUUGAAUUCAUCUUCCUGAGUCCCAAAGUCUGGUGGUGGUGUUUUUUCAGUGCCCCUUAUUGCAAGGCGUUCUGUGAUCAUUGUACUGUAAGGUUUCUUUGGUGUUUCUGCCGAAACCUAUGGGAAAAGUCAGCCUCCCGGGUUAGAGGAUGGGAGGGCUCAGAUCAUGAGGUUGUUGGAGUCUCCCCAUGAGAGACACUGCCAAGGGCGAAGAGAAAGAGGGUUGGUUGGUUGGUUGUUUUUUAAUGUAUGAUAGGAAAAGCUUUAAGGGAGACUGUGGAGUGUUCCUGGAGUAAUUAAAAGGAUCUGUGAGAACUUGGACCUGGAAUUGCUACUGAGUUAUCCUGCUUUCCCUUGUCUUUUUUUUUUUUUUUUUUUUUUUUUUUUUGACAGGCAGAGUGGAUAGUGAGAGAGAGAGACAGAGAGAAAGGUCUUCCUUUUGCUGUUGGUUCACCCUCCAACGGCCGCUGCGGCCGGCGCACCGCGCUGAUCCGAAGCCAGGAGCCAGGUGCUUCUCCUGGUCUCCCAUGGGGUGCAGGGCCCAAACACUUGGGCCAUCCUCCACUGCCUUCCCGGGCCAUAGCAGAGAGCUGGCCUGGAAGAGGGGCAACUGGGAUAGAAUCCGGCGCCCCAACCGGGACUAGAACCCGGUGUGCCAGGCGCCGCAAGGAGGAGGAUUAGCCUGUUAAGCCACGGUGCCGGCCUCCCUUGUCUUUUUAAGUGGAAAUAGAUCCUUGCUGGCCUUAAGGGUUUGCCCAGAGAAAGGGUCUUUUUGGGCAAAUAUGAAUUCCUGCCUGUUCUGUGUGUCAUAAGAGAAAGAUUUACCUUUUGUAAAUGUAUUUUUAUUAAAUAAAAAUUAACUUUUGUAGCAGAUAGAACUGCACGGUCUAAUACUGUAGCUUCUAAUUUAAAUUUAAAAUUAAGUGAAAUCUAAAAUCCUAUUCCAUAAUCACUUUAGCCACACUUGCUAAGUUCUCAUAGCCACUUGUGACUAGUGGCUGCUGUAUUGGGUAUCUUUAUAGAAAGUUCUUUCUUUUUUUUUUUUUUUUAAGAUUUUUAUUUAUUUGAGAGGUAGAGUCACAGACAGUGAGAGGGAGAGACAGAAAGAAAGGUCUUCCCUCCACUGGUUCACUCCUGAAAUGGUAUCAAUGGCUGGAGCUGCGCUGAUCCAAAGCCAGGAGCCAGGAGCCUCCUCUGGGUCUCCCACGCGGGUGCAGGGGCACAAGCACCUGGGCCAUCUUCCACUGCUUUCCCAGGCCAUAGCAGAGAGCUGGUUUGGAAGAGGAGCAGCCGGAACCAGAACUGGCACCCAUAUGGGAUGCCGGCACUGCAGGUGGCGGCUUUACCCACCACGCCACAGUGCAGGUCCCUCUUUCUUUCUUUCUUUUUUUUUUUUUUUAAGAUUUUAUUUAUUUUUAUUUGAGAGGUAGCGUUACAGACAGUAAGAGGGAGAGACAGAGAUAAAGGUCUUCCUUCCUUUGGUUCACUUCCCAAAUGGCAGCAACGGCUGGAGGUGUGCCAAUCCAAAGCCAGGAGCCAGGUAUCCUCCUGGUCUCCCAUGUGGGUACAGGGACCCAAGAACUUGGGCCAUCCUCCACUGCUUUCCCAGGCCACAGCAGAGAGCAGGAUGGGAAGAGGAGCAGCUGGGACUAGAACUGGCACCCAUGUGGGAUGCUGGCACCACAGGUGGAGGAUUAACCUACUGUGCCACGGUGCUGGCCCCGGUUCUUCAUUUCAAAAUCAUCAUUUUUGACAGCCUCAGAUAUUUUUUGAAAGACUAGAAAUUUGUCCCAGCAUUUUUGCCCUCCAAAAGGAAUUGUAAUACAAACUAGAAAUGGGGUAGAGUUUUGAAGGCACUGGGUUGAGAGAUUGGAUACAUGUUGUACUUUAUAUGUUCAACCAACUACAUUAUCUAGUGAUAUGGUCUCAUUGCUUGGUCAAAGCCAGGAUACGAGGUAGGAUUCCUGAAUUCUGUUUUUAAGUUUGACAAAGAGCUCCCCCCUCCCCCUCCCCCUCCCCCUCCGCCGCCGCCAGUUUUUACUUUACAUAAUCCUUAGUUCAGUAACUGGGUUCUCUUUUUAAUAUUUAGCCCACUAAUUCUGAGCCAGCAUCCAAGGACAGUCUGCCGUUGGCCACUGAUAGCCGCUAGCUUCAGUAUCUGCAGUUUUCUUUUGUCUCUUGAUGGUCCUGCCCAAUGGAGCUGGCCAAUGGAUAACCGAGAAUCAUCUUCCUGGCCCAUCUGUCCCAUGGGGAUGAUGCUUUGCAAAGAAAGCACUGGAUGUAUCCUAUUCUCCCUUCCUAUUUUUUUCCUACUUGUGCAAAGAUGGAUGUAUCAGAAGGUCAGGACUCAUAAGCUACCCAGGAUUUCAUCUUAUGUAUUUAGAAUGUGGAGCCAAGUAGGGCUAAUUGUGGCUACAGCAAAGGGCUAUAGCUGGCAGCUAAUUGAAUUGCAUGGUGAUCAUUUCAUGACUGUGGUGCCCUGGAAACUGAUGAGGCAUUGUGCAUUUUUGUAUUGUAACAUGGCUAGAAACUAAAGCAAAAGCUAACAAAUAAAGGUAUUUAAGAAGUAUUUGGGAGUGAUUUUUCUGUUUUCAAAAAGGGAGAAAACCUUGGGCAUCACUGGCUAUUAUACAACUGCCUAAGCAUCUUUCUACCUCUGUGUGCUAUAUGAUACUGCAUGAUUUCUCUUAAACUGUGUGAUAUCUUAGGAAAGUAUUUUACCAAAUAUAACUAGGAAAAUUAAA